ACAAGAGCAGAAGGAGCAGAGAUCUGUUUUUGUUCAGAGGAAGUGAAACUAUUCUACAGUCACUGGCACCAGGUGAAAUGGGGCAGCAAGAAAAUCAACUGCAUGGAGAAAGAUUCUGCUGUUCGAUCUGUCUGGAUCUACUGAAGGAUCCAGUGACUAUUGGCUGUGGACACAGCUACUGUAUGGGCUGUAUUAAAACCCACUGGGACAAUGAGGAUGAGAGAAGAAUCUACAGCUGCCCUCAGUGUAGACAGACCUUCACACCGAGGCCUAUCCCGGUGAAAAGCUUUGUGAUAGCUGAUUUACUGGAGGAGCUGAAGAAGACUGGACUUCAAGCUGCUCCUGCUGAUCACUGCUAUGCUGGACCUGAAGAUGUGGCCUGUGAUUCCUGCACUGGGAGCAAACGGAAAGCUAAGACUUUACAGAUUGUGUCUCAAAUGGAUGUUUUACUGCCACAACCAGAGCCCAAGACCAGAGCUGACUUCUUAAAAUAUUCACAGGAAAUCACACUGGCUCCAAACACGGCUAACAAAUGUCUGUUAUUAUCUGAGGGAAACAGAAAAGUAACAUUUAUGAGAGAAAAACUGUUUUAUUCUAAUCACCCAGACAGAUUCACUAAUUGGUUUCAGGUCCUGAGUAGAGAGAGUCUGACUGGACGUUGUUACUGGGAGGUGGAGUGGAGAGAUGGAGUUCGUGUAGCUGUCGCAUACAAGAAUAUCAGCAGAGCAGGGUCUUCAUUUGAAUGUGGAUUUGGAUUCAAUGGUAAAUCUUGGAUGUUACGUAGUGAUGGAAACAUUUAUAACUUUUAUUACAACAAAAUCAACACUCCAGUGUCAGGUCCUCAGUCCUCCAGAGUAGGAGUGUACCUGGAUCACAGUGCAGGUGUUCUGUCCUUCUGCAGCGUCUCUGACACCAUGACUCUCCUCCACAGAGUCCAGACCACAUUCACUCAGCCUCUCUAUGCUGGAGUUAUGGUUAAUUAUCAUGGAGACACAGCUGAGUGGUGUAAACUCAAGUAAACUCGAGUCAUUAAAAGCAGUGAUUUAGAUUCUGUGUUUAAAUCUUUAACUUAUUUUGUCUCCAUGUUUGUUGCUCAAAGUUAGUCGUUGUGAUGUUUCUGCUCCACACAGAGAUCAGCUUUCAAUCGAACACUGACCUUCCUUUAUC